CGAUUGCGUAACAACUGCCCAAGUAAACGUUGGAAUUCGAUUCACUUGCUUGAGGAACCUAAAAAUAUACCCCCAUGUACCUGCUUUUCCCAGGUGAACUUAUGCGGGCGUCGGCUGGUGGUGAUGGUGAUAUAUAAACGCAAACGAAGUAAUAUUUGUGAUCAUAUCGGGAUAGCAUGUCAAAACUUCAGUACACAAACCAGACACGAACUGGAACUAACAUGUGUGAGCAACGUAGAAGAAACUGGCAGAUGCAAGUGUCCCAGCAGAAGGCCACACUGACAGCUGGCAGCUGCGUCAUGCCACAAUCGAACCGAGGAGGCUGGUGGAGGAACACAAUUUCACAUUGCUCCCCGCACCAACAUGAGCGGAUGUCAUUUGCACCUUCGUUUGAGGCCCUCCCUGAAUCAGGUUCUGCAGCGCCCGGUAGACGAACAGACGGAGGGGAUAAUUUGGCAAGACGGCAAUCCUUCCUUUACCAUACGGAAACACUUAUUGACCCGCCUGGAACUAGAACGGAGCGCUCCGGGCCAACGCUAGAAAGAGUUGACAAGCUCAAACACGGCAGUAGUAGAGAAGAACUAAUCGAGGAAGGCGUAGAUGUCCACCAAACUGAGAUGGAGGAUCAUUCAAAAUCUGUCACCGAGGAGGAACUGGAACGGGUUAUACGUGAUUUCGAUUGGUGCUUGGAGGUGCUGGAAAGUUUGCAGUGCAAACGAUCAGUGAGCAGCUUGGCGAGAGCGAAAUUCUGCCGCAUACUCUCUCGCGAAUUGUCCUCCUCGCUGUCGUUUAGCGACGGAGUGGCUGGAAUGCCGGUGAAUGAAGAACAAGACGAGACGAAAGAUUUAGCAAAGCCUUCGUGCACACCACCACACAAACAAAAGAUCAAUAAAUUCCGUCCUUAUUUGUCCAAACGAACGGGCGCUAGCAAUCCGCACAAUAUCUCCACCAGUUCUUCGCAGGUCACAGAUUAUAUCUAUAAGACAUUUGUCGAAGACGAUGGAGUCUUGGAACUGGAGUACAAUAUCCAACUGGAAGAAGAAGAAACUUCAGCCGAACCUUGCCGACAAGAGCACUUGAAUGGAGCGGCUGAAAAUACUCAGUCUACAGAAAUAGAUACUCAAACGUCCAAUGCCGUGGAACCGUCAACUCCAGAUUCUAGUUUAUCAGGCACCGAGAUUUUGAAAAACUUAUGGAUGAAGGAGUCGAAAUUCGAUGUGGAAUCGUUAGUCCAGUUUGUCGAAGAGAAUAAGCAGUCGCCAUCUCCAGAUUUGUUUCUUCUGGAUCGGUUGUCUGACCACUGUCCACUCAGCACGUUUGGCCUGCAUCUACUCCUGGACCGAGGCAUACUGGCCAACUUCUCUAUUCCCAUUCCGCAAAUGUAUCAAUUCCUACAACGAGCGGAACGGCUGUACCGCGUGGAUGCUCCCUUUCACAAUUCAAUUCACGCGACUGAUGUGCUUCACACUAUGGACAAGUUGUUUUGUUUCAACGAUCUGCAGUCCAUGUUCUCAGAUCUGGAAGUAUUCUCCACUUUGUUCGCCUGCAUCAUUCACGAUAUCGACCACCCGGCUGUGACGAAUCAAUAUCUUAUCAACACAAACAACGAGCUGGCAAUUUUGUACAACGACAAAUCGGUUUUAGAGAACCAUCACCUCUAUAUCGGGUUUGAUUUGCUCCAUUCGGAACCUCAAGUGGACAUAACGAAGCAUUUCACCACAAUGCAGAGGCAGCUAUUCCGAAAGAUUGUCAUAAGCCUGGUCCUGGCUACCGACAUGUCCAAACAUAUGACGUUGCUAGCAGACUUGAAGACAAUGGUGGAGAGUCAGAGAGCCUCCGGUUUCAAUGAGAUAAAAUUGGAUACACUGGCCGUUCGGAUUCAGAUUCUCGAAUGUUUGGUGCAUGCAGCGGACCUGAGCAAUCCAACAAAACCUCUGAACAUCUACCGUCAGUGGGUGGAACGCAUCACGGAAGAACUUUUCCAACAAGGAGAUCGUGAACGUGAGGCUGGUCUGGAAAUCAGUCCCAUGUGUGAUCGUCACACAUCAUGCGUGCCUUCGAGUCAGGUUAGUUUCAUCGACUACAUCGUCUAUCCCCUUUGGGAAACCCUCAGUGAUCUGAUGCAUCCAGACGCAAGGCAGUUACUGGACAAUAUUCAAGCGAACCGCGAAUGGUACGCGAAUCUCCGGGAAGAGAGCAAGAAGGCGGAUUGAUUCAAGUGAAACUUGGACCGCAAAGGACCGCUGCCCCGGAGACCAACAUUUAUUUUUUACUCCUCCUUCUCUAUUGUCUUUCAUCGGCGCCCACAUUGAUACGUGUGUGAGACACACACACACACAGAGAGAGCGAUAUAUCUGGGACUUGGACAUUGUUCUCGGCAUUGCGUUUCCAAUGCAAACCAAUUUCACAUAUGUUGCCUUAAUCUAGACUAUUCCGGACCCGAAAACGCAUGAAGUUUGGAUAGGAUACAGCCCGUAGCGGCUGUGGCCAACUGUUCUCACCAUCUCUGGAAUAGCUGUAACUAACAUAUAUUCCUCACAAUUACCGAUUUUGUUGUUUUUGAAGUAUUGCAAUUUGCUUGUCGUUGUUUGGUGACCUUCACGCUGCUGUUCGC